UCCUUUAUGGUACUAGUUGUUGUUUUAUCGAAUUUGCUUCAUUAAUAGGUUCGCGAUUCGACUUUGAUCGUUACGGUUUGGUGCCAAGAUCCAGUCCUAGGCAAGCCGACUUACUUAUAACAGCCGGAACCGUGACCAUGAAAAUGGCUCCUUCUUUAGUGAGAUUAUAUGAACAAAUGCCUGAACCAAAAUAUGUAAUUGCUAUGGGAGCCUGUACUAUUACAGGAGGAAUGUUUAGUACAGAUUCUUAUAGUACCGUUCGCGGAGUAGAUAAGUUAAUUCCUGUGGAUAUCUAUUUGCCGGGUUGCCCUCCUAAACCAGAAGCUAUUAUAGAUGCUAUAAUAAAACUUCGUGAAAAAAUAGCUCAAGAAAUAUCUGAAGAUAGAAACGAGUUUCAACAAGGAAAGAGAACACCAGGGGGUUCCUUAGCUAGUGUAUAUCAUCUUACGAAAAUAAACGAUAAUGCAGAUCAACCCGAAGAGGUGUGUAUAAAAGUAUUUGUCCCAAGGGAAGAUCCCAGAAUCCCGUCUGUUCUACGUAUUUGGAAAGGUGCUAAUUUCCAGGAACGGGAAUCUUAUGAUAUGUUGGGAAUAUUUUAUGAAAGUCAUCCAUGUCUAAAACGUAUAUUGAUGCCAGAAAGUUGGAUUGGGUGGCCUUUACGCAAAGACUAUAUUGCACCUGAUUUUUAUGAAAUACAAGAUUCUCAUUGAGUGCAAAAAAAAAAAAAAGAAUGAAA